UAUUCUUGUCAACGAGGCACCUCACAGUUUGCGGUAGGCACCGAGUUAGCCCGCCUGCUGGGUGGCGGUGAGGUUAAACGCCGGUUCUUGGACCGGGGACAGUUGGAACUUCUGCGUCGUAUUGACUUGCGGAUGGAGCCGGAAAUGGUCAGAGUUCCGCGUGCCAUCGCUUGCCUCCACCUCCCUCUUUAAAAACGAGGCAGUUCGCAACAUCAUGAAGCAUUCUUCCACUUCGCACAGAUCUGAUCGGGGAACUACACCGCGCUUCGAGGAAAAAUGAGCAAAGAAAAUGGUACAGCUUCAACAGAGAGACGCCCAGUUCCACGGUUGAAUGAAAGGAUUCUGUCGUCACUGUCGAAGAGAUCAGUAGCAGCACAUCCUUGGCAUGAUCUUGAAAUAGGGCCUGAAGCUCCGGCUGUGUUCAAUGUAGUUGUAGAGAUCACAAAAGGGAGUAAAGUUAAAUACGAGCUCGACAAGAAGACAGGAUUGAUCAAGGUUGAUAGGAUCUUGUACUCAUCAGUGGUCUAUCCUCAUAAUUACGGUUUCAUUCCUCGCACACUUUGCGAAGACAAUGAUCCCAUGGAUGUUCUAGUCCUCAUGCAGGAGCCAGUGAUUCCGGGGUGCUUCCUGCGUGCCAGGGCUAUUGGACUUAUGCCUAUGAUCGAUCAGGGAGAGAAAGAUGACAAGAUCAUCGCAGUUUGUGCCGACGAUCCCGAGUACCGUCACUACAAUGACCUCAGCGAACUGCCUCCUCAUCGUCUUGCUGAGAUCCGCCGCUUCUUCGAAGAUUGUAUCCUUCUCAGAGACAUGGUGGCCUACUAUGCAUUUUUUGUUCGGAAUGGCAAUACCUUGACAGGUUGUUCAGAUAAGAAAAACGAGAACAAAGAGGUCGCCGUUAAUGAGUUCUUGUCUACGACAGCUGCUCGUGAAGCCAUCCAAUACUCCAUGGAUCUGUACGCGGAAUACAUCUUGCAGAGCUUGAGGCGGUAGAAGACUGGAAACGGUUGUUAUUGGUCAAGUGGAGCGUCAAGAUUUGUGCUGUUGUAUUUGUUUCAUUCAGACUUUAUGAUAUGCAUGUCAAAGGACCAUAAUAUUAUCCAUUAAUUAACAAAGA